AAGAAAUAAAAAAAGGAAGUCUGCAUUUAUUUUCUUUUUCUUUAUUUUUUGUUUUUAUUGUAACUUUAUUGGUUAAUAUAAUUCUCGAUAGGGGAAAGGAAGAAUAGGUUAUAUUGAGUUUAUUUUAUCAAGGACUAUGAUUACAAGAUAUAUGAAAGUACACAUUAUAAAUGAUUUUUUUUUGUAGCCUAUUAUUACCACUUAAACUAAAGAUUUGUAUAAAGCAUGUAUGACAAAAUAGAUUGUUUAACCUCGUGCUAAGGAUUUCUUUUUCAUCCACUGGCUUCUCCCUUUUUUAUAUUUAUCCCUUUUUUUUUAUUUCUCUCUUUUUCUCUUUCUUUUAUAAUACAAAUAUGGCUGGUAAAGGCGUUGUACGUAGUAUAAAAAAUAUAGCUAAAGGCUUUAGUGAAAUUCAAAUCAAAGUACGUGAAGCAACUUCAAAUGACCCUUGGGGACCUAGUGGAACGUUAAUGAAUGAGAUAGCACAAUAUACUUAUAACGAAGGAGAUUUUAUUGAAAUUAUGGAUAUGAUUGAUAAACGAUUAAAUGAUAAAGGUAAAAAUUGGAGACAUGUGUUUAAGGCUUUACUUUUAUUGGAUUAUUGUUUACACGUGGGAUCCGAGAAUGUUGUUUUGUACGCCAAAGAGAACAUUUAUAUUGUAAAGACAUUAAGAGAAUUCCAACAUGUAGAUGAACAUAAAAAGGAUGUUGGUGCAAAUGUACGUCAAAAGGCAAAAGAUAUCACAAAUUUAUUACAGGAUGAUAAUAGAUUAAAGGAAGAGAGAAGACAAAGAAAAGGAAUGAGAGAUAGAAUGGCUAAUGUAGGCAACUAUUAUUUACAUGAAACAGCUCAGUAUUCUGUUAAUGAACAAAAUAAAGAAGAUGAAGAUUUAAAAAGAGCUUUAGAAGAGAGCAAGUUAACUGCUGCAGCUGAAGAAGAAAAGAAACGACAUCGUCAAGAGCAAGAAGAUUUAGCAAAAGCGAUUCAGUUAAGUGAAGAAGAGGCUUUAAAAGAGAAAAAGAAGGAGAAUACGAAUCAUCAUAAUCCUUACCAACAAUCAGAUUUACAGCUUGAUUGGACGACGACGACAACAACAACGAUUCAUCAACAGCCAAAUAAUCCUUAUCAGCCCUACUUCUCACAACCACCACAAUUAACAGGUUUUAUUAAGCCAGAGCCUCAUCUCUUAACCAAUCAACAGCUCUCUCAUCCUUUAUUUACUACUCCAACACAAGAUCAACCUUUAUCAUAUACGAAUAAUAAUUUCUUUACACAACAAGAACCUUCUAGUCAGUCUAUGCAAUUCUUUACUUAUCAGCAGCAAUCGCCUUCUUUCUUCCACCCAAAUCCAUUUUCUACUACUAAUAAUACUAAUACUACUAUUACUACUUUGAGUGCAACCAUGACAGAGCCACAAAGGACAUAUGACUAUAGUGGACUCGUUUUUGGUAAUAAUGAUAGUUCAACCAUUCAACAAUCACAAUCACCCUUUUUCACGAAUAAUCACUUGCCUAGUUUCUUUAGUACAUCUUCUACAGCAAGGAGUCCUGUUAUUUCUUCUUCACCCAUCAUAGCACAUACUAAUCCCAAACAGCCAUCCAUGAACGAUUUAAAAUAUGCUAAAAUAAAUGCUUUACUAACACCCAACAGAGAUGAUGGAAUAGACACAUUUGGUAACCAAGGAAGUCUGCGUAUUCCAUAUGGUUCUGGUUUCGCCAAUAGUAUUUCACUUUUGAAUGAUCAAAUAACUAAUAAAACUAAAAAUCCAUUUGGUCAUCAAUAACAAACAAACAAAAAAAAACAAAACAAGGGUCGUUUUUCUUUGUACAUAAUAAAGGCUGUUACACCAAAUCAAAUUUUCAUAAUUAUUAUUAUUUAAAGAUAAGAGGAGGGGUAGGUGGGAGGGAAGGAGUAGGGAAACAAAAAAAAAU